ACAAGUUGCCCCACCCGCCUCCACGAAACGGAGUUCGCCGACGAGCCGACCGUUGCGUCCGCGUGUUGCGACUCCGCCGAGCCCUAGUUUCCGCCGCCGCCGCCGCCGCGCCCUCGCCGCCACCCCCACCGAUCUCGAUCCCCCCACCCCGCGGGCAAAUCGCCGCCGAAUCCGGCCUCGGAUCCGCGGAAUCCGGGCCGGGUCAGCCAUGAUCUUGGAGCAGUUCGACGAGUCGGCGGCGGAGAAAGCGGAUGCGGCGAUGGUGGUGGCGCCGCCGUCCAACUUCGGGAUGGUGGACACGGGGGUGUACCGGUCGGGGUUCCCGGACCCUGCCAGCUUCGGUUUCCUCAGGGGCCUCGGCCUCCGAUCUGUCGUGUAUCUGUGCCCUGAACCUUACAUGGAGACGAAUGCCGAGUUCUUGAAGGCGGAGGGGAUCCGCCUCUUCCAAUUUGGGAUUGAGGGGAACAAGGACCCUAACGUGUCCAUUCCUGUGGAUGCCAUCAUGGGGGCUCUUAGGGUCAUACUUGAUGUAAGGAAUCACCCAGUUCUAAUCCAUUGCAAAAGAGGAAAGCACCGUACUGGAUGUCUUGUGGGCUGCUUCAGAAAGCUGCAGAAUUGGUGUCUCUCAUCAGUCUUUGAAGAGUACCAUCGGUAUGCUGCUGGAAAGUCACGGUUGUCAGAUCUGAAGUUUAUCGAAUCAUUUGAUGUCAACUGCAUGACGGAUUGCCUGCUCAGGCUCAUCUACCACUACCAUGGUUGCCUUCAGAAAAGCAAGCGCCUGGCAUACAGCGAGAGAUAAACUACUGUGGAAACUAUCUCCUGUGUCAUGAGUAUAUCCCUGGAGAAGAAUUGGUCGGACUAUUUUUCCUUUUUGGAGGGGAAUUGGUCGGAGUUGUAACACAAAGACUCGAGUUACCGGGCAUCUGUUGAUUCUUUUUUUAUAUCUUCAUGCCUUGGUUCUUUUUAUAAUAUAUAUAUAUAUUCUUUGAGCA